AUGCCACCCAUCCUCCAGCACCUGCAGCAGGCCUCCAAGAUGAUGAGCCGCAGAAAAAUCCUGCUGCUGGUGCUAGGGUGCAGCACCUUAAGCCUCCUCAUCCACCAGGGGGCACAGCUCAGCUGGUACCCCAAGCUGUUUCCUCUGAGCUGCCCGCCUCUGCGAGACUCACCGCCCCGCCCCAAGCACAUGACGGUGGCCUUCCUGAAGACGCACAAGACUGCGGGCACGACCGUCCAGAACAUCCUGUUCCGAUUCGCCGAGCGCCACAACCUGACGGUGGCCCUGCCGCACCCGAGCUGCGAGCACCAGUUCUGCUACCCGCGCAACUUCUCGGCACACUUCGUGCACCCAGCCACGCGGCCACCGCACGUGCUAGCCAGCCACCUGCGCUUCGACCGCGCCGAGCUCGAGCGCCUCAUGCCGCCGGGCACCGUGUACGUCACCAUCCUGCGCGAGCCGGCCGCCAUGUUCGAGUCGCUCUUCAGCUACUACAACCAGUACUGCCCGGCCUUCCGGCGCGUGCCCAACGCGUCGCUCGAGGCCUUCCUGCGCGCGCCCGAGGCCUACUACCGCGCGGGCGAGCACUUCGCCAUGUUCGCGCACAACACGCUGGCCUACGACCUGGGCGGCGACAACGAGCGCAGCCCGCGCGAUGACGCCGCCUACCUGGCCGGCCUCAUCCGCCAGGUGGAGGAGGUCUUCUCGCUCGUCAUGAUCGCCGAGUACUUCGACGAGUCGCUGGUCCUGCUGCGGCGCCUGCUGGCCUGGGACCUGGACGACGUGCUCUACGCCAAGCUCAACGCGCGCGCCGCCAGCUCGCGCCUCGCCGCCAUCCCCGCGGCGCUCGCGCGGGCCGCGCGCACCUGGAACGCGCUCGACGCGGGCCUCUACGACCACUUCAACGCCACGUUCUGGCGCCGCGUGGCCAGCGCCGGCCGCGCGUGCGUGGAGCGCGAGGCGCGCGAGCUGCGCGAGGCCCGCGAACGCCUGCUGCGGCGCUGCUUCGGCGCGGAGCCCGUGCUGCGGCCCGCCGCGCAGAUCCGCACCAAGCAGCUGCAGCCGUGGCAGCCCAGCCGCAAGGUGGACAUCAUGGGCUACGACCUGCCCAGCGGCGGCGCCGGUCCAGCCACCGAGACCUGCCUCAAGCUGGCCAUGCCCGAGGUGCAGUACUCGAACUACCUGCUGCGCAAGCAAAAGCGCCGGGGCGGCGUGCGGGCCCGGCCGGAACCGGUCCUGGACAAUCCCCCGCCGCGGCCCAUCCGGGCGCUGCCCCGCGGCCUCCAGGGCCACUGA